AUGCCUCCCAUUUUUCCUUCUUUAGGUACCCCGCUAUGUGUACACCAUUUCCGAGUUGGUGACCACCUGGAUGUGACCGCAAGAACCAUCAACCGAGGCUUUCAAGGAGUCAUCGAGCGAUGGGGGAUGAAGGGCGGCCCAGCCGCUCACGGUUCCACAAAAUUUCACCGCAGAAUGGGCAGCGCCGCUGGCAUGGGUGUGAGUUGUGGUUGUUUUUAUGUGGCAUCAUUCGCAGUUAUUGUGGAUCGGUGCAUGUAG